AUGGCUCAAGCAUAUGGGAGGGUUUCAGGCCGGUCGCUGCGUUUCUCUAGGCUUUGCCUCCUGGCCGCUUUUUUGCCUCUCUACAGAAGCAAUCGGUCUAUACAUUACCGAAAGUUCGUCAGUUCGGCACAACGACCCAAAAUGACAACUUCCUCCAAAAAUACGAAGGUCGAUUUGGAAGCUUGCGGCAUGAAGCGUUGGGAGAGGCGUACACAUCCUUGGAUAGCAUUAGAGGGCCAAACAGCAGCAAACCUCUGGAAUGCUUCUGCGGUUGAUCUUGGCAGCGCAGUUGCGCCCACUCUGGUAUCUUCGGACAGAGUCUCAGCGCCCGAUGACAGCUUAUACUAA